CGUGAGCGUCACGCGCACACAAAAACAGAGCGAUAGGGAUGACGGGAAAUGUGGUUUAAAGUAAAGAUUACCCGAAAUGCAAUAGCCAUUCGGGAAGUAGUACGGGGAGACACCAGGCGGGGAAUAGAAAAAAAAAGUAACACAUGCGAUAAUCCGUCCUGUGAUUUGGCAGCUUUAAAAUACAAAUCUAAAAGAAAAAGAAGAAGGCGGUGAAACUUUUGAAUAUUUCCGGAUUUAUUCGGAGAAGGCGACGUUUGCACGAGCAUGUUUUGAGGACUUGGCCCUCACGCGGGCAUCUUUCAAAGCUAACCGUUAGCGCGCUAAUGUUAGCUGUGAUGAAGUCCAAAUAGCCGGUUUGUUUUCAACGUGUGCCUCUUAAGGAAAAAACAAACAAACAAACAAACAAAAUGUCUGGCUUCAACUUUGGAUCCGGGACUCUCGGUGCCGCCAACACUGGCGCGGGGUUUUCAUUCGGGGCUGCAACCAGUGCACCUGCAGCCAGUACUGGUGGCUUCUCUAUUGGGACUGCUCUGGGUACAGCAGCAGCAGCAGCGACCCCUGCCCCCGCCACCAGCACCGCCCCGUCUCUUGGCCUAGGAGGCAGUCUCUUUGGUCAAAAACCUACUGGAGGAUUCUCUUUCAACACACCUGCCUCAAGUGCUGCUGCGCCCAUUACAGGCCUUACAUUAGGUGCCCCAGCCACUUCGUCUACAUCCACAGGCUUCAGCUUGGCCUUUAACAAGCCCACCGCCUCAGCAACGCCCUUCUCCCUCACCACCACCGCUACCAGCUCCUCAUCAGCCCCUGCUGGGGCAGGUUUAACGUUUGGCUCUGUCCUGACAUCCACAGCUCCACAGCAGCCUGCAGCCACAGGCUUCAUGCUUGGUCUUGGUGGCACAACAACCACCACAGCAGCCUUAACAGCUCCGUCACUGGGCGGGAGUCUAUUCUCCAGCACUGUGUCUACAGGUUUGGGUCAGACCACACUUGGAGGAGGAGGCGGGUUAACAUUGGGUUCUCUGCUAGCUCCCUCCACAUCAGUAUCAGCGGCUCCUGCCCCCAGUAUGGGGCUGGGUGGAGUUGACUUCAGCACUUCCUCUGAGAAUAAGAGCGACACAUCAUCUGGAGCCAAUGCACAGGACAGUAAAGCUUUGAAAGAUGAGAACCUGCCCCCAGUCAUUUGUCAGGAUGUUGAGAAUUUCCAAAAAUUUGUGAAAGACCAGAAACAAGUUCAGGAGGACAUCAGCAGGAUGUCAUCUAAGGCCAUUUCUAAAGUCCAAGAUGACAUCAAGAGUCUCAAACAACUUCUCUCUGUCAGUGCCAGCGGCUUACAGCGCCAGGCCUUGGCAAUCGACAAGCUAAAGCUGGAGACAGCACAGGAGCUGAAAAAUGCUGACAUAGCACUGCGCACACAAAAGACUCCUCCUGGACUUCAACACGAAAACACUGCUCCGUCAGAUUAUUUCCGUAGCUUGAUAGAGCAGUUUGAGGUGCAGUUGCAGCAGUAUCGCCAGCAGAUAGAAGAACUUGAGAACCACCUGACAACGCAGAGCAGUGGCUCCCACAUCACUCCUCAGGAUCUGACCAUGGCCAUGCAGAAGUUGUACCAGACAUUUGUUGCGCAGGCUGCCCAGCUCCAGUCUGUCCAUGAAAACGUCAAGAUCUUGAAGCACCAGUACCUAUCCUACCGCCGAGCCUUCCUGGAAGACUCCACAGACGUCUUUGAGUCCAAACGGGCAUCUAACAGGAAGUGGCAGAGUGCGCCGCGAGUCACGACUGGACCUGCCCCAUUCUCCAGUGUACCCAAUGCUGCAGCGGUUGCCAUGGCAGCCACGUUGACCCAGCAACAGCAGCCAACUCCAGGGACCCAGGCACCCUUGGGGGCAGGGUUUGGAAACCCCUUUGCCUCGGCAGUGGGCACUAGCUUGGGCUCUUCUACCCUUGGAGGUUUUGGUGGUGGGCCAGGAUUUGGUGGGGUGGGGACUGGGGGGUCUUCUUUUGCCUUCUCCUCCACGAGUAAGCCCACAGGAGGCAGUCUGAGCGCAGGUUUUGGUAGCAGCAGCAGCACAGGCUUUAACUUCAGUAACCCUGGCAUCAACCCCUCAGCUGGCCUGACAUUUGGCGUGUCUAACCAACCUGCUGCAGGCUUUGGCACAGGGGGGCCACUCCUCCAGCUCAAGAAACCCCCUGCUGGUAAUAAAAGGGGCAAGAGAUAGAGCACGGGAAAAGACAGAAGCUUAUGGCAUGACCACUUGAUCAGUGUGGGGGGUUUGUAGCAGGUAAGGCCUGGUCUCCCAAAAGCAUACAAGUGCUAUAAGAAUCAUGAAUCCGACAACAGAAUAAAGAAAAUGUAAAUUAGAAGAAAUCAUCAUCAGUGAUGGGUUAGAAGUCAGCAUAAAACAGCAACACAGGAGCUCCCAUUUCAAAUCAUUUGGAGGUCUUUAAACAUUGAGAAAAAAGACAAACAAACAUUAUCCCCUAAUUAUACAUUGGUCUGCAUUGUUCUACACUGAUUGAAUUUUUCCAGAUUGCCACAGAUCCAUUUCUAAAAUUGAAUUAUACACUCAAUAACUAAUUCAUUUUAGUAGACAGCGAUGUGAACGGAAAGGUUAAAUGUAGUUUUCCCAUCAUCAUUUUAAACAUUUGUUUGCUCAUUUGCAUCGACUCAAAAGUGUUGCCUGCACGCCAUAAUAUGCUUUUGGGAAUGCCAGCCAUGGACAGAGCUGGGUCGAUUACACAUUGUUCAGUUAUCUGUGAGGAAUUUCUAUAGUCUGAGUAAUUAUACAAGAUGGAUGUGUUUGUGCGCUUUGAGGUGGACAGUGCAGUUGGUUCCAUUGUGUCUCUCAAACUACUGUCAAUCACAUAACUGCACACAUGAACGCCUCUCAAAUGAUGACUUGGCCCAAGUCUCGUCCAGGGGAAGGGCAUGAUAAGGUAAAGUAAAGGGAAGAAAGCUUAUGGGGGUAAUGGUUGGGAAUAGUGUAGUCCCUGCCUGAGGGUGUCAACGGGGGGGAUUUAUCUGAUCCGAGAUAGUUUUAUAGGCACAGGAGAGUGUCCAGGGUGGUUUUUUUGGGGAAGCACAGUUUUAUUUUUGUAUCAAGCAGAGAAAGAGACGACAUUCGGGGAGGGGUAAAAGGGGACUAGCACCUUGGGGAUAGUCCAUUAUGUAGUCCACAUAACCUGUGUUGUUUUUCCAAGAGUCCAUCCUUAUCAUUGUUUGAUAUUUACUUUCUUGGCACAUUUUGUUUGCCUCAAUGUAAGAACUUGGGCAACGAAACGCUGUGCUGUUUGUAUUCCAUUGGCUCCCAUUAAGUUAGUUGAAUCUGAAAAUUGUUUUCACAGGCAGAUUCUACCUACUCUUCGCAAUUUCUACAUGUGCUAGAAUAAAUUUGCACUCGCCAGUGUAUAUGACCUGACAAGUGAUUGUGUGAAUGUGCAUGUGUGCCUAUAGCACAAGUAUGAAUUUGUCUCUCUGGUCUAUCAUAGUUUCUGACUUCUUUUGAGCGUCCAAUGCGGUUGGGGAGGGGAGAGGGGGUAUUCUGCUUUUUUUUUUAAAUUGUCCAUGUCAGUUUGGUUACCAAAAUACUGGUAGUUGUACUAUUAUUUUCUAAUCGCAGUCUAUGUAAACCUGUAUUUUCAAGAAGCUGUUUAAUAAUAAAAUCUUCAACAUGAUGUUUUGCCUGUUUACGGCAUUACUUCAAUAAAUGUGUGUGUUGACACAGAACAGUG